GUGAGACUGAGAGGAGUGAGGGAGAGUCACUGGAGCAGGCAUCUGGACAACUUUUACAUCUGGAUUUACUCAGGAGGAAUGUCGCUUCAACCUACAAGCCUCCCGGACCUCAGCGCCACAGCUUUAAAUGGAGACCAAAACAACACCAAUGGCACCUAUUGUGAUGCGUAUGACUGGGAUUGGCUCCACGUGGGCCAGCCGGUGUACAUCCUGACCAUCGCUGUGCUGGGAAUAGCAUUCAAUGUGUUCGUCCUGAUGGUUUUCUGCUUCCACAAAAACGCCUGCACCGUGGCUGAGAUCUACCUGAGCAACCUGGCUGCUGCUGACCUCAUCCUGGUGUCCUGUUUACCUUUCUGGGCGGUCAACGUGUCCAAUGGCUUCGAAUGGCCUUUUGGUCUGUUCCUGUGCAAAAUCGUCAACUUAGGCAUUAAGAUAAACGCCUACAGCAGCAUCUACUUCCUUGUUCUGGUUAGCAUAGAUCGCUAUGUGGCACUGGUGCAUACGAUGUCCCAUGCCAGGAUGCGUAGGCCAAAAUAUGCCAAACUGGGCUGUUUCCUGAUGUGGAGUUUCGCCUUGGUCAUGAAUGUCCCCACGCUUGUCUUCAGGAGAAUUAAAUAUUUCCCUGAGCUUGGUGUAAAUGCGUGCUACCUGGACUACCCAAACACCACUGUGGAGCUGCUCUUUGAUGGGAUGUUGAUCAUUUUUUGCUUCUUCAUCCCCAUUUCCAUCAUCUCCUUCUGCACCGUCCGGAUCAUUCAGGCUUUGAAGAUCCAGACGAUAGAUCGGUUCAAUGCAGAUAAAACGGAGCAGAAGGCCACCACUCUGAUGCUGGCGGUCCUCGUGGCGUUCCUUGUUUGUUGGGUGCCAUUCCACAUCGUCACCGCUCUGGAUGUGCUGGUACGGGCUGAAGUCCUGGGAGGGUGUGACUUUGAGUCCGUCCUGGAGAUCUUCAAUCAGAUCUUCACCUACUUUGCCUUCUUCAACAGCAUUCUCAACCCCAUCCUCUACGUCAUUGUAGGAAAGAACUUCCGGAAAAAAGUUCGGGAACUUUUCGUGCAGUGGAAAAUUAGAAAAACACCCACCUCUGACUCCUUACGCUCAUCAAACCUGUCCUCUACACUGAAGACUUUGGUAUAAAAUCCUGUUCCCCUUAGAAAAAAAGACUUUGUCCACCACAGUGAUCUUUCUGCAGUCAUUUAUUACUCUUAUGCAAAAGUAAAUGACUGCAAUGAUGAGCUAAUUAUAUUAUUAGAUUUGUGGUGGAUGUCAUUUUGUAGUAUUGGAACCAAAUUACCCUUCGUUAAAGCAAUCUUGG